AUAAAUAUGAAGAUUCCCUAAUCGCUGCAAUCGCAUGCCUGUACAGUUGCAGCAAACAGAUGUGAUUGAGUGCUUUACGUACAGGAAAGCUACAGAGAGAAUCUGCAUUCUGCAGUUGCAAGUGCAGAAUGUUACUGAUUGAAAUCAAAGGUCAUCUUCUGAUGAAGCAGGGGAAGAACACUGGCAUAACUCUAACCCUACGCCAAAAUCAAACAUUGGAAAGCCCCAUCCCAAGACCAGUCUCAUGAUGACAAUAAAAGAACCCCACAAAAAUGCGUAGGAGCUAUUGCUUUCAGAUGAUUAGAUGUCACUGUUUGACUGUCGGGCUCAUCUACAAUCGACAUAUUGGCAUGAUGAUGGUCAAAGAACAGAGCACAUCUUACAAACAAAGGAUGGCAUCAUCAAACAGGAGAGAGCACAAAGGGAGCAGCCCCUGAGGGAACCUCUGCACAUCACCUCCGCCUAUUCAAGCUGGGAGCAGCAAAUUGCUGCCACAUCCAUGCCUCGGUGCUGCCGGAAGAGCAUGAGGAAACCCCUGACGCAGCCAUCGGCACUAGAGUUCCUGAAGGCAGCAGUGACGAGCGCCUGCGACCAAUCCGUCUUCACCAACUGCACCCCUCGUCGCCCGGUCAUCGGCGUCCCACAGGCUCGAGUAGACCCUCAUGGCGUGGCUCUUCAGGUACGGCAUGCCGGCGUGCCAUCCACGUAGAAGCUUCCUUCGUCCGAAGCACCGUCAGAAGAAGCUUUACAGCACAAGGAGCAGUUGACUCAGACGACAUGUCCAGGAUUCCACAAGAGGGAGUAGGUGCGGAAGUUCCCUGAGGGCAAGACCAUCGCCAUGAGAGAGCUUCGGGUGUGGAUGAGUUGGUGGA